AGACCACCGUUCUUGGUCACAUUGAUCGAUGGACGUACUAUACGAGAUUUUGGAAACACGUGCGCGGGAAAUAAGGAUCUAUUAACUCCCAAGAUGCAGGCCAACUUCCUCCCAUUGAACAUAAGACGGUUCCAGCAGCGGGCGCAGGUGGAAACCCCAGACACAAUAUACUGGGAGCGGUUAUCGAAAGCAGAUCUCCUGAAGGAACACAACACCAUCGACUAUAUAGACUUUAGCCCCAGCGAUCCGGACAACUUCGUGGUCACAUGCUCGGUGAGAGUACAGAUCUACAACCUGGUCACAAAGCUGGUGGUGAAGAACCUCUCCAGGUUUCAAAAGACAGCCUAUGGAGCCACGUUCAGGCAGGAUGGACGGUUACUGGCCGCCGGCGACGAAGAGGGCCAUGUCAAGCUGUUCGACACGACGAGCAGAAACAUCCUCCGCCUGUUCAAAGGACACACCGCCCCAGUGCAUCGGACCUUCUUUACGGCCGACAAACUGCAGUUGGCCAGCUUCUGCGACGACAAAUCCAUCCGCCUGUGGGACGUCGCCAACGAGAAGGUGGUUCAGACGUACGAGGAUGCCCAUACAGACUACAUCCGGGCGGGUGCCAUGCAUCCCCUGGCAUCGAAUGUGUUCGCCUCCGGUGGUUACGAUGGCAAAAUCCAUCUCUACGACACGAGAGCCGAGAAAGCGUUGCAACAGACACUGGAUCACGGAGCACCUGUGGAAUCCAUGCUGUUCCUGCCCAAUGGCUCGGUAUUUGUCACCGCCGGUGGUAACCAGGUUCGUGUUUGGGACAUGAUCAGUGGCUGCCGUCUGCUCACCACCAUGGCGCAGCACCACAAAACCGUAACCUGUCUCAGGCUGGGAUCAGAUGGCCGGCGCCUGUUGUCGGGUGGUCUGGACCGGCACGUCAAGAUCUACGAUGUCAGCACCUACAAAACAGUGCACACACUUACCUAUCCCAAUGCCGUGGUGAGCUUGGGCGUGGCUAGCGGCGAUCAGGCUGUGGUGGCUGGUAUGGUCGAUGGCCUAGUGUCCAUUCGACGGAUGAUCGUCGACAGCAAGCCGAGUCACUUGAGGAAGAUCCGCGCCUCUCGAGCGAAGGCGCAUCACAAGCGUCCAACUGCUCAUCCAAGCGUUCCCCAGGAUGUGGAUCACGUCGUCAAGGAUCGCGUGAAAGGAACCGGCCUGCAAACCUACGAUGUACAGUUGCGGCGAUUCAAUCAUAAGAAGGCACUGGACAAUGUUAUGUAUCUGCAGAGGUUGGAGAAGCAGCCGGAGCUGGUGGUGGCGGUGAUAACGGACCUACUGCAUCGGAAAUCCCUGGACAAAGCCCUCCUAGACCGGCCCGAGCACAUUCUCAUCAAGUUCAUCGACUUUAUCUGCGCCCACCUCUCCGAGACACGUUUCAUGCGACCCCUGAUGAACGCAGCCAGCACCAUACUGGACGUCUUCGAGCGCCAGCUGGUGACCUGCAGCGAUAAGCUGUUAAAGGCCCUGGAGAAGCUAUCGCGGACGGUUGAGAACGAGAUCCACCUGACGACAGAGCUGAUGCAGCUGAAGGGCGCCAUGGAUAUGCUGAUAGGUGUGUCGCUGGAGAGCGACGAGGUGCGACACAGGCCCACCUACGUCCAACCGGCAAAAGCUCCCAAAAUGCAGCCCUCCCAAGCGGCGGAGAAGUAUGUGGUGUUUGUGGAGUGACCACCCAUUGUGGAUGACCCAUUUUAUCCAAUUAUACAUAAAUAGUAAUACCUAUAUUUUAUAUAGUAGGAAUUUUUUUAAAUAUUUUAUUUGUAGGCGGAAAAUAAAGUGUAAAUAAGAAAAGAAA